AUGUCGCAGCUCGAGAGCCAUGUCACGGUUCAGAAGCGUGCUUACUACUCCCCGCCGUGGGCAGACGUGAGCAUCAUUGCCGUUGCGGGCAGCUCAGGCUCCGGCAAGUCGACGCUGUCCCAGACGAUCGUGAAGAAGCUCAACCUGCCGUGGGUCGACUCAUACUAUAAGUCUUUGACCCCUGCCCAAUCCAAGCUGGCAUUUGCCAAUGCGUACGAUUUCGACUCCCCGGAGGCCAUUGACUUUGACGCUCUCAUCAACUCCCUACGAGACUUGAAGGCUGGAAAGCGAGCAGAGAUUCCUGUGUACUCCUUCGCCCAGCAUGCACGACUGGAGAACACCACAUCUAUUUAUUCCCCACACGUACUUGUCUUGGAAGGCAUUUUCGCCCUCUACGACCCACGAGUCCGUGAGCUAUGUGAUAUGGCAAUAUACUGCGAAGCUGAUGCAGACACCUGCUUGUCGCGGAGAAUUGUCCGAGACGUUCGGGAACGUGGCCGAGAUGUCGAAGGCUGUAUAAAACAGUGGUUCGCUUUCGUGAAGCCGAAUUUUGAAAAGUACGUCGAGCCGCAACGUAAGGUGGCCGAUUUAAUCGUACCACGAGGAAUCGAGAACCAAGUUGCACUGGAUAUGAUGGUUCAGUUCAUCGAAAAGAAGCUCUUUGUAAAGUCAAUACACCAUCGAGAGGCUCUGGCUAGGCUUGAGGUCAGAGAUAGAGAUGAGCCCCUCUCCGAGCGCGUCGUGGUCAUGAGCGAAGCACCUCAAAUCAAAUUCAUGAACACCAUUCUCCAAGACAUAGACACUACCGCCGAGGACUUUAUCUUUUAUUUCGAUCGACUCGCCGCUUUGAUCGUCGAACAGGCUCUGAAUAACGUCCAGUUCGAAGAAACGACAAUUGAGACGCCACCGGGCUACAAGUACAACGGCCUGCGACCCAAGGGAGAAGUCAGCGCUGUAAUUGUGCUUCGAGGAGGAUCAGCCUUUGAACCGGCGCUCAGGAAGACCAUUCCAGACUGCAGAACAGGACGGCUCUUGAUCCAGUCCAGUUAUUCAACUGGCGAACCGGAACUUCAUUAUCUGCGUCUCCCGGAAGAUAUUCACGAGCAUGAAAGUGUGUUGCUGCUCGACACGCAGAUGGCUAGUGGAGGAGCAGCUCUCAUGGCUGUUCAGGUUCUAGUCGACCACGGCGUCGCUUUGGAACGUAUCGUCCUGGCAACUUAUUCCGCUGGAAAAGUUGGCUUGCAUAGGUUGAUGACGGUAUUCCCAGAGAUUACGGCCGUGGUGUGCAAUCUCCUACCUCACCAAGAGCAGCGGUGGGUUGAAAAGAGGUAUUUCCGUUGUUAA